UUGUCUGAAGUGAAGCUUCUCGUGAUCUUAAAAAUUAAAACUUUCGUUCUCCUGAGAGCAAAUUCAGUGGAGUUUUGAAAGUGAGAAAUCAAGAGAGGCUUAAAGCAAAUCAGAGUGAUUGGUGAAUCCAUGCAAAUCUCCUUCUCAGGUCAGGAACCAAAUCAGUGUGAGAGUUAUGGUGUGAAUGAGCAAAUGCGGAUGAGUCAUGAUCCAAGCCUAGAUGAAGCUCAACCUAAGAAGCCUAAACAAAGAAGGAAGUGGUCACACAUGGAAGACUUGGUGCUCGUCUCAGCUUGGCUCAACACUAGUAAGAUUGUUACUGUUGUGAAUGAGCAAAACAACAGUGCGUUUUGGUCACGUAUUGCAGCUUAUUAUAAUGCUAGUCCUAAGCUAGCUGGUGUGGAAAAGAGAGCUUCCAGUUCUUGUAAACAAAGGUGGCAGAAGAUUCACGAUAUGGUACGCAAGUUUGUAGUAAGUUUUGAGGCUGCAACAAAACAGAAAUCAAGUGGCCAGGGUGAUGAUGAUGUCAUGAAUUUGGCUUACCAGAUCUUCUUGAAUGAUCACAAGGUGAAGUUCUCCAUUGAGCAUGCUUGGAGGGAGCUAAGGCAUGAUCAGAAAUGGUGUAGCUUUGCAUCUCCUACAGAUAGAUCUUCAAAGAGAAGAAAAUAUGAUGAUCUCUCUGCACAGUCAUCAAGCUCUUUUCUAGUUACACAUGAAGAGGAUCAAGCUCGUGGUCCUGUUGUUACAAAGUCCAUAUGUAAACAGCUUGUGAGCCAGCCAACCCCAGUGGUUGAAGAAGGAAAGGCUCUGUUGGAGUUUCAAGGCAUGUGGGAGAUAAAGGAGAGGCUGUCGAAGAACAAGUUGCUGGACAGUCUUCUUGCAAAAACAGAGCCACUUUCUGAUAUGGAACUGGCUUUGAAGAACAAACUAAUAAACGACAUGUUGUCUAAUUCUUGAAUGAGUUUCUGUUUCUGUUUGUGUCAUGAUCUUUAAAAGUUUCGGUAUGAUCUUGAUCUGAUUUCGUUUAUAUUGAUCUUGAUAUGCUUAUGUUUCUAUUGACUUUGACAUUUUCUGUCUAAUGAAUCAGUUUGUAUGUUUGAAUAAAUCAAAUCAAUCUAAUGAAUCAGUUUUGAUCUA